UCUCUCUCCCUUUCCAUCUUCUCUUUCUAUAUCUUUCGAAAUAAUAAGUUGAAAAAUUAAUGAGCACAUUUCCUUUUUGAGAAAAAAAGUAAUCUUUCAAAUAAACAAAAAAAAAAUAAAAAAUAAAAAUAAAAGAGGAAUAUGUGCCAUGCUUUGUAUCAGCCCAUAGCAGCAUAAAAUUCAAUGGAGGAGGAGAAGAGAGAGGCAAACACAAACCCCACCAACUCAUCCUCCACCACCACCACCAUGGCAUUUUCCGACGAGAUUCCGACCACAACCACCACCAUCAACAAUAACACAUCUUUAUUCCCUUUUCAACCUUCCAUCUCCACCAUCUUUGACACGUUACCAUCAUCUUCCUCGUGUGACCAAAAGGUUUCCUCUUUUGGAUUCAUGGACUUGUUAGGUUCCCAUGAUUACAACAUAAACAGCAACACUUUUUUGUUAUCCGAUUGGGUUCUUCCUACAACCACCACCACAGUCCAUCAACCUCUUCCCUCGCCGGCGAGCUCCAACGUCCUGGACUCCUCCGAGGUGCUGAAUACACCGACGUCGCCGAACUCAACUUCAAUUUCUUCGUCGUCUAAUGAAGCAACCUUUAACAACAACACCAUAGAACAACAACAACAACAACAUAGAAGUAAAGUUUCAAAAAAUGAACAUGAUGCAGAGGUAGAAGAAGAAGAUGGAAAUGGAGUCAAAGAAAAUGACCAAUAUCAAGACAAGACAAAGAAACAGCUAAAAGCAAAGAAGAAGAAUCAAAAGAAGGAAAGAGAACCCAGAUUUGCUUUCAUGACAAAGAGUGAAGUUGAUAACCUAGACGAUGGCUAUAGAUGGCGUAAGUACGGACAAAAAGCGGUUAAAAACAGUCCAUAUCCCAGGAGUUACUAUCGUUGUACAACGGCAGCCUGCGGCGUGAAAAAGCGCGUGGAGCGUUCAUCGGAUGAUUCCACCAUUGUCGUCACUACAUACGAGGGUCAACACAUACAUCCUUCACCUGCCACGUCACGUCCUAGCCUUAGCUUCGUUAACGAACCUACUAGCUUCGGUGCCGGUGCAUUUGGUGGUGGCAGUUCAACUUCAGGUUCACAAUCACACUCACACUUUGUUCUACCACACGCUUCAUCAUUGUUGUACAAUACUCGUACUACUAAUCCCACUACCAAUUCUAGUACUACACCCCCAUCACUUGGUUCUAGUGGUGGUUAUGUUAACACGUCGUCGUUUGGUGGUUUUGUUCAUGACCAAGAGAUUAAUCAGAGAGGUUUUGGAGGUUCCUAUGAGGUUUUGUCAAGAGACAAUGGGUUGCUUCAGGAUAUUAUUAUUCAGAUGAAAAAAGAGGAGAAAGAUUCAAUCAAUGAACAACACUAGGUGAAGUUAUGGUAAUAUAUUAUAGAUAUAGGUUCAUAUUUUAUUAAUUAAAUUUAGGUGUCUAUAUAUUGCUUUUGCAGCUAUAGGUUUGGUUUCAUAUGAAAUUUGAGGUUAAUUAA